AUGUUGCCGAGAAAUAAUCAGAAAGAAGAUGAACUUUUGGCUUUUGCAACUCCCACAGAGGUGUUUGGUAAGAAGCCUGCCGCACAACCCUCUCAAAUAACAACACCUGUUGCUUCUUACGUUAGAAACACGAUGUAUGCCGCUCCAAGUCUGAAUGGUUUUGCAAAAACUCGAAAAUAUUCUGGUAGUGGAAAACCUUUUCCAGAUAAUUUCCCAGGUUCUUUAGCACCUCAAAACUCUAAUCUCCAAGAGUUAGACUAUGAUAUGAGGACUAAGAGAAAGACAUUGGCAUUAUCUGGGAAUAUUUCAAUACCCACAGGCUCAUUUCAGCAACAACAACAGCCACCGCUUCCACUGCAACAACAACAACAACAACAACAACAACAGAAAAUUCUGCAACGUAAAUCUGCAUACGGGUCUCUAGGAAAUGGGCCGGUUCCAAACUUUGGUAAACUCCAGUAUUCUGCUGGAUCGUCUCCAAUGUUAUCUCCUAGUACUCCUAACUUGGUAAACUCUGGCAGGAAUGUUUUAAGAUCCCCUAGCAAUCCCCAAUUGAACAUGAUGGCUACUCUUGAUUCGGACGAUUCUAUAAAUAGAUUGUCACCAUUGCCGCCAAAUAAUCAUGCUAGAAGAAAAAGUGCUGACUAUUACCAAAGUUCUGACUAUUACAAACUCGAUACCAACCAAUUGUCUCACGAAGUGCAGCGUAUCAGUUUAGAUCCAAGGAGUCAAAUGUCCCAAGCCCCUAAACACUAUCCGAAUGAUGCCCAAGCUGGAUAUCAGGAUCAAGGGUUGACUGUACAACAAAAAGCCCAUCCGAAAUCUCGUGACCAUUCAAGGUCCCCUUCUUAUGAUAAUGGAAUACCUUUAAGAAGACCUCCUGGUUCGAGAAAUGCUUCAGGGGAUCUCCCAAAUUUCGGUCCUACUGACACUGGCGUCUUGAGCCCGACUGCUAGCAAUGAGUAUAGUGCUAGGCCUCAGAGUUCUAAUAAAAAUUCCCAAGAUUUUUUCAAUGUCGAUACUUCACCAUUAAGAAUCGCUAGUGUUCCAAAAAAUACUGCAUCUUAUGAGCAUUCCCAUCAUCAAUCUAUGCACGCUUUCCCUCAAGAUGAAGCGGCAGACAUGGGGGUCAAAGAAGAGCCGCUUCGUCCAAUUACUAUUGAAGCUGCCGAUGAUUCUCUCAAGAUUGAAGAGAAAUUACGUUAUGUUUUUAAGAAAGUCGAUGAAGAAAAUUCAGGAAUCUUAGAUACCCUAGAUCUACAAACUGCUCUUGCCCAUCUUAACAGUCUAAAAUUCCAAUUGAGUGCUAUCAAGAUCAUGGUCAAUUGGUUUGAUAAAACAGGUAAGAAUGGUGUUGAUUUUAGGGAAUUUUAUCAUUUAUGGGCUUACAUUUGGAAAUGGAGAGUUGUUUUCAUUAGACAUUGUGGAGGACACAUGAUGAUCAACUUGGAUCAAUAUCAAUCAGCUCUUCAGGAGCUUGGUUAUAGAAUGAACCCUAAAACAGUUUCUCAUAUGUUCAAUAUAUUUGCUGGGGAUAACGACGUUGCUGUGGAUAAUAAAACUGCAGCUAAGUCACUUGCAGUUGAUCUUUUUAUUGAGAGUUUGUUAUGGUUGAUGAAAUCAACUAAUUCUUUCAAGAAGUUUGACAACCAAAGAAUUGGGGUGGGUGUUUUCCCAUAUGACAGGUACAUAGAAGAAAUUUUGAGCUUUAGAUUUUAG